UCUUCUUUUUUUUACGUUUUGAAUAAUGUUUAGAAUGUAACUAAAUAUUAUUACGUGUUAUCAGUUUCCACAAUCGAUCCAUAAUUAUAUGAAUAAAAAUGAAUAAAAAAGAGGAAAUAUUAUGUGGAAAUACUUUAACGGCAGAUCAACUUAUUCAAAAUAAAGGUAUUAAGUACAAAACUUAUACAGAGUGGGAGGAAUCAAAGAAAGUAUUACCAAAAUUUGGUCAAAAAGAAUAUGAACCAAAUAACUCUUGGUUGGAAAAUGUUCAAAUAGAAAAAAAUUUGAAGAAUUGUAAGGACUUAUUGAAUAUCGAAAGGGUAGAACGUAUUUCUCAAUUAGCAGUUGCAGAAUGGUUACCUCAGACAAGAAAGGCACGAGUUAUAAAAAAAUCUGGCCAGGAUUGGGGAAAUUUUGGUAUUGAAGUUAAUAAAACAUUAUUUUUGCUUCCAGAAGAAUCGUUGCUUCUUCUAGAGAUGAACUGUUUGGAACUGACAUGGAAUGGCGUAGCUUUAUCUAUUCAGCAAGCAUAUGACAUUUUAAUAGAUAAUAAAGAAUGUACUUUAGAAGAAUACAGAGUUUAUAGUCAAUUAACUCGCUAUGGUUACCACAUACAACGAUUUUAUUAUGAAAAUUCAGUUAAAAAUGCGACACCUGAUGAAUCUGUUUCCUUAAAAAUAAAAGUUAUCGGUGAACCUGAAAAAGGUUUGCGUAUGGGAGACUCGGAACGAAAAGAGUCUCGUGAUGCAAACAAUCAACCUAAAGAAUUUGAUAAUUCUAAAGAUGAUUUAAAUAUACUGGAAGGUACUAAUCAUCUGCAGACUGACAAAUCUGACAAAGUUUCGAGUAAUACGAUCGAAAAAGAUGUAGAAAGUAUUAUUGAAAAAAUGAAAAGUACGAUAGAAUGUAAAAAUGAUUCCUUAUCACUUAUAUCGAAAUAUUAUAAUAACAAAUUAGAAAAUGAUCAAUCGAAAUUAGAUUCAAAAAAAGAGGAAAAAACAAUAAAUGAAGGAGAAAAAGUUGACAAUAGUAAAAACGGUCUGAAUUCGCAAAUAAGAAUUAUUAGCGAGAAAACUUUGUCUGUUAAAAACAGACUUAUGACGAAGAAUGAUACUUUUGUAACAAAAUGGUCAGAUUCACGCAUACAGCGUAAUAUCAAAUUAUUACCGAAAAGGUCAGAAAUCAGUUCGUUGUCUGUUAAUAAUAAAUCUGAAACGAAAAAUUUAGAAGGAAAUAAUACUUACAAGAGAAAAGAACCACCACUAUCUUGUGGAAGUCAAUCAGACAAUAAUAAGAAAUCCAAAUUAGAGGUGAUUGAUCUUUCUGAUGAUGAAAUUCAGAUAGUUGUUCCUACUUUAACGAGAAUGGAGAUACUCGAGUUACUACCAAAUAUUGCUUCACGAUCAGACAUUGUACUAAAGAUUUCACGUAAUUAUAUACCACAUACAAUAAAGCUUUGUAAAGAUAUAUAUCGAUAUGAAACAAAAAGAUUAAGAAAUUUAUCAGAAAUCGACAGUAAAAUGCGCUUGCAAAAUUCUAAACGAAACGUACAAGAAAUACAACGUAGCUCUAAUACCAAUUUUCGGGAUAAUAACGAAAUAUUUUAUAAUCAAAACACGCAUACGAACACCAACAAUUUUAUGCGGCGUACAUUGUUUACCAUGCAGUCAGUUCAAUAUUCAAGAGUUGGAUUUUACCAGUUUGCAAAUAAUAGAUUUCCAUUUUACCAUCAAACAUAUUGGCAGAAUAGAGGUACAUUUAUUCAAAGGAAUAUAAAUCACAAUAAUUCUCAUGGUUACAUGUAUGAAAAUUCAAGAAACUAUAGAUCUUUUAGAAAUACUCAACAACAAAACAGAUUGCCCAGUAUAUCUACGGGAAAUAUCAAAAGUGACAAAAAUGAGUAUCAAUCAUCGUUCAAAGUUUUACCAAAUGUCACAUCUUGGAAAGAGUUAAAAGAUAAAUGGCAUGAUGAAAGGACCAUUACUAUAGAUGACGAAGAUUGUACUAAUAACUCUGAAAGUACUGAAAUAGAGAUAGUUAAGGAACGUGUUUCUCCUCUUGUUGGACCAAAAAGUGUGUCGAGUAUUGCUGAGAUUUAUAAUAAGCUUAGGAUAAUCAAAAAUGCACCAGACAAAACUGUUAGAAAAAAAAGAAACGAAUUCAAAAUAUCGUAUAAUGUUUAUUCAAAUACUCAGCAUUACAGAAAAGGAAAUCCAGGUGAACCACUUUAUCGACUGGUUGUCAUAAGCAAAAAGGAUAGUCCACUUUUACAACCAAUCAAAUUAAAUCGUUUGCAACAAGAUGCCAAGGGCACCGCGAUAAUGUUUGCCAUUGUAUCAAUGUCAAUAUCAUAUAUUCAACCAGGAAUUGUUUCAAUACCACUCUUAUCGUAAUCUUUAAUAUGCGCUGUAUUUAUAUAAUAUUAAGUAAAGUUUAUUAUGUAGGAAAUAUCAAUAAAUAAUGAAAAAACUUGUCGUACAAUUUGUUCUUUGUAAUAACAAUAUUUCCCAUAGGAUGGCGUUGUUUAUAAAAAAAACAAAACUGGUGAUUACCUAUCAUUUAUCUUGUAUAUGAAGAGUAGAUGUAAGGAGUAACAUCUCUUAUGGGAGAAAAUGUGAAAAAGUAUCCAGCGUUUUCUAUAAAUAAUAGUUCAAA